AUGCACGGGACAUUGAGUCAUGUCAGAGGAGUGGAACUCGAAGAAAAAGACCAUAACACUGGAGGUUCCAAGACAGUUAAUAAAGUAAGUCGACUGAUAAUUAGUUUAUAUUUAAGAUUAAGACUAUCAAAACUAUUGAUCCCAAGUUUCAUUCACUGGAUUCUGUGGCAAAAACAAAUUAUAAAAGAUUAGGGGACACGGACAUGGUGGUAUCUACGUUAGGUCUCGGUAAGGUGAACAAUUACGUAUAAUACAAGCUUAAUUCAGGAGUGGCUUCUUUUGGUGAAAUUUAUGGUCCGAUUCCUUCAGAUCCAGAAGAAAUCGUCAGAACAAGUUUGGUAAAUGGGAUCAAUCUAAUCGACACUGGUUAUUGGUAUGGGCAAAGGAGAUCAGAGGAAGUCCUUGGGAAAGUAAGGUCAUACUCAAGACACAUGUAUUUGCAGGCCCUGAAAAACAUUCCCCGUAAUGUAUAUUACCUAUGUAUUCGAGUGGGAAGAUUCGAAUUGGACUACGCUCGGCCUUUUGAUUAUCGGGCCGACAAGAUCCUAACCUCAUUAACAAAAAGUCUUUCCCGAUUACAACAGAAAAACGCUGAUAUUUGUUUUCUACAAGUAGGUGUGGACAGUUAUAACAGUAAAAUUAUGUAGAUAGCGGACAUGGAUUGGGAGCACAAUCUGAACACAAUUAUUGAGGAGACAUUACCUGCUCUUAGAAUUGCUCAGAACAGCAAUAAAAUACGAUAUAUUGGCUUGGCUGGAUAUAAUCUAAAUAAAAUGAGGUAAGGAGGUGCCUAAGAUAACCGUGUAUGAACCACAAUGGGCAGGUUAUGGAAUCCUUGCAAAUAUCCUCAACGCCGUGCAUUUUACGUGAUUUUUACGUUUUUUACAGAGUAAUGUAAUUUUUGGAACCUUCUCUAAAAACCCGAAAAGUCGUAGCGCCUUUUUAUUAAGUGUCACUGUCAAAAGUAGCAAUAUUUUGGAUGUUUUUAAGCAUUUGGCCGUGGCGAUGAAAUGACCAGAUUUAGAGGUUUUCGAUGGUGCACAAAAAAAAUAAUCACAAUUUACGUUUCCAAUAGCCUAUCCGAGUUUCCAAAUGAAUCUUUUUUUUGGCAAUAACAAUACCCUGUAAUUCUUAGAAGCGGUCCAGUGGCUACCCUUUUAGAUAACAGCACGAAUUCUAUACAAAAUUAUAUUUGUUUCGACUAAAUCCGCCCACCGUUGAGAGUUACACAAGAAACAAAACAAAUGAAAGUUUCUGACAGCUACUGUAAAACCUAUGAUCAGCGACGGCGCCUGCUUGUUCAGGGGUUUUCAUACCUCCAUCCUCCGGAUCCGAGAAUAACCAUUGCUCAAAAGCCCCUAAAUCGAGUAUUUGUAAGAAAAAAUAAAAAUUUCUACAUUACUAUGCGGAGCUCCGUAAAAGUUUUAAAAAAAUCAAAGCGAUUUUCGUUACCAGUAUCAUCGAAAAUCGCUAAAUCGAGUAUUCGCAGAAAAAAAUCAAAAAAUUACUACUUUAACAGUACUACCUAAAAAAAAGAUCAGUCCAAAAAUUAUAUUGCAAGGAUUUCGGAAAUCUGCCGAUUGUGGUUUCUAUCCAUUACGGACCAUUGCCAAAAUAAUGUAAACAUCCAGAACUAUAAUCGACAAGUCGAAUAUUCGCAUAAAUGUAUGUUUAAAUUAUUGCCGAGCAACGCUAAUGGAUAACACUCUCGCUGAACAUGUCAAAUACUUUCAGGCAAGUGUCAAUAAUCUCUAAAAUAUUAUUUUAGGAGCAUAAAAUAGGUAUCCUCAAUGGCGGAUGCUUUUCAAUGGGAAUGCUAACAGAAAAAGGACCUCCUUUAUGGCAUCCAGCCAACUUCAAAGCUCGACAAUUAUCAAAAGACGCAGUAAAUUAUUGCAAAGUAAGGAAGAGCGAGCACUUUAAUUCGUUUAGAGCAAAGAUAUCAGAAUUGAGAAAUUGGCCUUAUCAUAUUCCAUGAGAUUUCCUGGGAUAACAAGUUGCCUCGUCAGCAUUGAAACCCUCCCCCAACUUGUGGUUACUCUCACUGCCAUGUGGAAUGAAGGAGCCUUGCAAUCUAAGGAAAUCAGAGUAUUGGACAGGAUAAAAAGAAGGUAACAACCAACGAUUUUAGAAGGAGAUCUAUAGGUUUUUGGAUAAAGUCGAAAACAAUGAAUGGGAUGUCAUUAAUCUGAAAGGAUAUUGGAGACAUCUGGAGACCCUGGGAUUACCCUUCCUAUCCGCAAAUCGAGUUUCAUCGAUGGAAAGUCUGUCUUCCAACUAUACGGCGUCAAUUGCCUCAGCCUGCUCUAAAUGCGAUCCAUAUAAAUAUCAAAAAUACUCACGGAGAAUCUAA